AUGUCACAGAAGAAGUACAACAGCGGGACAUGGCACAAGAUCACACUGCAGAGGAACAAGCGCACAGCCUACCUGUCCAUCAUUGCCGCCGACCAAUCGUCAGAAAAGGAGACACUGGAGGCGGAGUCUCCUGGAACCGCCUCCGAUCUGAACCGCAACGACCUCGACCCCAUCUACAUUGGAGGACUUCCUGCUUCUCGACCAAUAAGUGUGUGUGUUUGUCGUGUCCUCUUGUCCCUGUGUGGUGCAGUGUGUGUGGUUGUUGUGUCCUCUUGUCCCUGUGUGGUACAGUGUGUGCGUUUGCCGUGUCCUCUGGUCCCUGUGUGGUGCAGUGUGUGUGUUUGUCGUGUCCUCUUGUCCCUGUGUGGUGCAGUGUGUGUGGUUGUUGUGUCCUCUUGUCCCUGUGUGGUGCAGUGUGUGUGUUUGUCGUGUCCUCUUGUCCCUGUGUGGUGCAGUGUGUGUGGUUGUCGUGUCCUCUUGUCCCUGUGUGGUGCAGUGUGUGUGGUUGUCGUGUCCUCUUGUCCCUGUGUGGUGCAGUGUGUGUGUUUGUCGUGUCCUCUUGUCCCUGUGUGGUGCAGUGUGUGUGGUUGUUGUGUCCUCUUGUCCCUGUGUGGUGCAGUGUGUGUGGUUGUCGUGUCCUCUUGUCCCUGUGUGGUGCAGUGUGUGUGGUUGCCGUGUCCUCUUGUCCCUGUGUGGUGCAGUGUGUGUGGUUGUUGUGUCCUCUGGUCCCUGUGUGGUGCAGUGUGUGUGGUUGUUGUGUCCUCUGGUCCCUGUGUGGUGCAGUGUGUGUGGUUGUCGUGUCCUCUUGUCCCUGUGUGGUGCAGUGUGUGUGGUUGUCGUGUCCUCUUGUCCCUGUGUGGUGCAGUGUGUGUGGUUGUUGUGUCCUCUUGUCCCUGUGUGGUGCAGUGUGUGUGGUUGUCGUGUCCUCUUGUCCCUGUGUGGUGCAGUGUGUGUGGUUGCCGUGUCCUCUUGUCCCUGUGUGGUGCAGUGUGUGUGGUUGUUGUGUCCUCUGGUCCCUGUGUGUGCGUGUGUGUGGUUGUUGUUCCUCUGGUCCCUGUGUGGUGCAGUGUGUGUGGUUGUCGUGUCCUCUUGUCCCUGUGUGGUGCAGUGUGUGUGGUUGUCGUGUCCUCUUGUCCCUGUGUGGUGCAGUGUGUGCGUUUGCCGUGUCCUCUGGUCCCUGUGUGGUGCAGUGUGUGUGGUUGUUGUGUCCUCUUGUCCCUGUGUGGUGCAGAGUGUGUGGUUUUUGUGUCCUCUGGUCCCUGUGUGGUGCAGUGUGUGUGGUUGUUGUGUCCUCUUGUCCCUGUGUGGUGCAGUGUGUGUGGUUGUCGUGUCCUCUUGUCCCUGUGUGGUGCAGUGUGUGUGGUUGUUGUGUCCUCUUGUCCCUGUGUGGUGCAGUGUGUGUGGUUGUUGUGUCCUCUGGUCCCUGUGUGGUGCAGUGUGUGUGGUUGUCGUGUCCUCUUGUCCCUGUGUGGUGCAGUGUGUGUGGUUGCCGUGUCCUCUGGUCCCUGUGUGGUGCAGUGUGUGUCGUUGUUGUGUCCUCUUGUCCCUGUGUGGUGCAGUGUGUGUGGUUGUUGUGUCCUCUUGUCCCUGUGUGGUGCAGUGUGUGUGGUUGUCGUGUCCUCUUGUCCCUGUGUGGUGCAGUGUGUAUGGUUGUUGUGUCCUCUUGUCCCUGUGUGGUGCCGUGUGUGUGGUUGUUGUGUCCUCUUGUCCCUGUGUGGUGCAGUGUGUGUGGUUGUUGUGUCCUCUGGUCCCUGUGUGGUGCAGUGUGUGUGGUUGUUGUGUCCUCUUGUCCCUGUGUGGUGCAGUGUGUGUGGUUGUCGUGUCCUCUGGUCCCUGUGUAGUGCAGUGUGUGUGGUUGUCGUGUCCUCUUGUCCCUGUGUGGUGCAGUGUGUGUGGUUGUCGUGUCCUCUUGUCCCUGUGUGGUGCAGUGUGUGUGGUUGUUGUGUCCUCUUGUCCCUGUGUGGUGCAGUGUGUGUGGUUGUUGUGUCCUCUUGUCCCUGUGUGGUGCAGAGUGUGUGGUUGUUGUGUCCUCUGGUCCCUGUGUGGUGCAGUGUGUGUGUUUGUCGUGUCCUCUUGUCCCUGUGUGGUGCAGUGUGUGUGGUUGUCGUGUCCUCUUGUCCCUGUGUGGUGCAGUGUGUGUGGUUGUUGUGUCCUCUGGUCCCUGUGUGGUGCAGUGUGUGUGGUUGUUGUGUCCUCUGGUCCCUGUGUGGUGCAGUGUGCGUGGUUGUUGUGUCCUCUUGUCCCUGUGUGGUACAGUGUGUGUGGUUGUUGUGUCCUCUUGUCCCUGUGUGGUGCAGUGUGUGUGGUUGUUGUGUCCUCUGGUCCCUGUGUGGUGAAGUGUGUGUGGUUGUUGUGUCCUCUUGUCCCUGUGUGGUGCAGUGUCUGUGGUUGUCGUGUCCUCUUGUCCCUGUGUGGUGCAGUGUGUGUGGUUGUCGUGUCCUCUUGUCCCUGUGUGGUGCAGUGUGUGUGGUUGUUGUGUCCUCUUGUCCCUGUGUGGUGCAGUGUGUGUGGUUGCCGUGUCCUCUUGUCCCUGUGUGGUGCAGUGUGAGUGGUUGUUGUGUCCUCUUGUCCCUGUGUGGUGCAGUGUGUGUGGUUGUUGUGUCCUCUGGUCCCUGUGUGGUGCAGUGUGUGUGGUUGUUGUGUCCUCUUGUCCCUGUGUGGUGCAGUGUGUGUGGUUGUCGUGUCCUCUUGUCCCUGUGUGGUGCAGUGUGUGUGGUUGUCGUGUCCUCUUGUCCCUGUGUGGUGCAGUGUGUGUGGUUGUUGUGUCCUCUGGUCCCUGUGUGGUGCAGUGUGUGCGUUGCCGCGUCCUCUGGUCCCUGUGUGGUGCAGUGUGUGUGGUUGUUGUGUCCUCUGGUCCCUGUGUGGUGCAGUGUGUGUGGUUGUCGUGUCCUCUUGUCCCUGUGUGGUGCAGUGUGUGUGGUUGCCGUGUCCUCUUGUCCCUGUGUGGUGCAGUGUGUGUGGUUGUUGUGUCCUCUUGUCCCUGUGUGGUGCAGUGUGUGUGGUUGUCGUGUCUUCUUGUCCCUGUGUGGUACAGUGUGUGUGGUUGUUGUGUCCUCUGGUCCCUGUGUGGUGCAGUGUGUGUGGUUGUCGUGUCCUCUUGUCCCUGUGUGGUACAGUGUGUGUGGUUGUCGUGUCUUCUUGUCCUGUGUGCUGUGUGUGCAGUGUGUGUGGUUGUUGUGUCCUCUGGUCCCUGUGUGGUGCAGUGUGUGUGGUUGCCGUGUCCUCUUGUCCCUGUGUGGUGCAGUGUGUGUGGUUGUUGUGUCCUCUGGUCCCUGUGUGGUGCAGUGUGUGUGGUUGUCGUGUCCUCUUGUCCCUGUGUGGUACAGUGUGUGCGUUUGCCGUGUCCUCUUGUCCCUGUGUGGUGCAGUGUGUGUGGUUGUCGUGUCCUCUUGUCCCUGUGUGGUACAGUGUGUGCGUUUGCCGUGUCCUCUGGUCCCUGUGUGGUGCAGUGUGUGUGGUUGUCGUGUCCUCUUGUCCCUGUGUGGUACAGUGUGUGCGUUUGCCGUGUCCUCUGGUCCCUGUGUGGUGCAGUGUGUGUGGCUGUCAUGUCUUCUUGUCCUUGUGUGGUGCAGACGGCAGGUUGUGUUGCGCUCGUACGUGGGAUGCAUCAAGAACGUGGAAAUCGCUCGCACCAACUUCGAUCUGCUCCAGGACGGAUUCGGGAUCAGGAAGGGCUGCACUCUGGAGGCGGUCCGGAGUCUGUCCUUGUUUGGACCCGGCUUCGUGGAGCUGACCCCUCGUCCCUUCGCUCAGGAGACAGACAUCCUGAUGACCUUCUCGUCCAGGAACCAGUCCGGCCUCCUGCUGACCGCGCUCAGCCACGACAAACAGCACUUCCUGUCCGUCCAGCUCAUGUCGAGCACUCUGGAGGCGGAGCUAGGCAAAGUGGGCGUGGCUUCGCAGAGGGCCAUCGUCGAGGGGGCUUUUUCUGACGGUCUGCAGCAUUCGGUCAUUAUCAGCCUCAGCAGGAAAGUCCUCUCGGUCCACGUAGACGAGCUGCAGAUGAAGUCCAUACACCUGUCUCCAGGCUCAGUCUCAGGUCUGACCUCCUCCUCUUCCUCGCUCUUCAUCGGUGGACUGCCCUCAGGAGCCGAGUCCCGUCUGCCGGUCCGGAUCCAGAGUCUGUCCCGAUCCUUCAGAGGCUGCAUCCAGAACCUGGCCCUGAACCGAAGGCUGGUGGACCUGUCCUUAGCCCUGAGAUAUGAAGGCGCACACUUGGACAGCUGUCUGCUGGAGGCCCGAGCAGGAGGAGCCGUCCUGAACGGGGAGGAGCUGGAGCCCACCGCUGACCCCGCCCACCUGCCUGUAGCUCCGCCCACAUACCUGAGCGCCCUGACGCCUGGAGCCCUCUCGUGUGCGGUGGAGGAGGAGCCGACCUUCCUCUCCUCCGGAGUCCAGUUUGGAUCGACCAGACACAGUCACAUGACCUUCAGCAUCAACCCCAGCGCCGUGAAGAAGAGUUUGUCCGUGAGGCUCUCCUUCCGGACCUGGGCGCGGGACGGGCUGCUGCUGCUCGCCUCCAGUAAGAACCAGAUGGACUUUGCCGCGCUGCGAUUGGCCGACGGUCACAUGGUGCUGUCGGCCGACCUGGGCAAAGGCUCCGCCUCCGUGACGUCCUCGCGCUUGGUCAACGAUGGAAACUGGCACACGGUGACGGCGGAGGUCAACCGUCGUUCUGUAUCUGUCUCAGUGGGCGGGGCCUCUGACUCCGCCCCCAUUAAAGGCAACCAACUGGAUGUGGAGAGCCGGGUGUUUGUGGGCGGGCUCUCGCACACGUACACGGCCAAGAGGAUCAACGUGAGCCACAGUUUCCCCGGCUGUAUCCGCUCCGUGUCGCUGAACAACGCCGCGCUCGACCUGAACAAACCCGAGACACGGCACCACACCACGGCCUGUUUCAGCAGCGACCAGCAGGGGGCGCACUUCAACGGCUCGGGCCACGCGGAGCUCCUGCGCGGCGGGUACAAGGUCGGCUCUGAUUUGACCGUUUCGCUGGAGUUCAGGACGAGCCAAUCAGACGCUGUGUUACUGGGCAUCAGCAGCGCCAAAGUGGACGCCAUCGGGCUGGAGCUGGUCGGCGGACAGGUGGUAUUUCACGUGAACAACGGCGCAGGCAGAAUCUCCGUGCGCUCCUCGGGGUCCUUCGUGUGUGACGGUCGUUGGCAUUCUGUGACCGCCGCUAAAACCAAGCACCACAUGAGCCUGGCACUGGACGGACGGCAGCAUCGAACCCCCAACCCCCACCCCCAGUCCACCUCCGCAGAGACCAACAACCCGGUCUACGUGGGCGGCUUCCCAGCGGGAGUGAAGCAGAACGCUCUCUCUGUGUCCACGCCGUUCAGAGGCUGCAUGAGGAACCUGAAGCUCUCCAAACACCACCACAGCCACACCCUGGACUUUAGCUCCGCCCACACUCUGAAGGGCGUGCUGCCGAGCUCCUGCCCCGCCUCCAACCGCCAGUCGCAAUGA